AGUAACUCUUGUAACUUGACGCUAGUGAGUAAACGUGUCUGUCAAUAUUAUUGCACCGAAGUGAUGCUGAACGCGCUGUGUGGACCCGACCUUGUCCACCCAGUUUGCAGCGGCUCCACCGUCCUCCUUCUGACCGCACAGUGACGGCUUUCCUCGGCGGGGAUACCCUGUGGAGUCACGGUGAGUCUGAGAACCCACCCCCGCCUGCCCGGUCCGCUGGUGGAGGUGGAGGACGAUGUACGGCGGUGCGGGGCACGAAGACGGAGGGAUGAGGAGAGACUCGGCGGUAGACGAACAACAGGUCGCAGGGAUAAUCCCUUCUGUUUCGGAUGACCAGAGAACCGCUGUCGGCUUGAUGUGGCAGCAGAGCUACUCCGGAGCUGGGCACCUCGUCCUGGCUGUCGACUAGAGCAAACCGGCGUGGAGCAGGAUGGAUAUAGGUGCCUGUUUUCGCUACUACUUCCAGCACCCGUGGUCGCGUCUCAUCGUGGCCUACCUCGUCACCUUCUUCAACUUCCUCAUCUUUGCCGAAGACCCGGUGUCCCACAGUCAGACAGAGGCCCAUAUUAUUGUGGUGGGCAACUGCUUCUCCUUCCUGUUCAACAAGUACCCAGGCCUCGGGUGGAACGUCCUGAAAGUGAUGUGCUGGACGCUCGCCAUCAUCACUGGCCUGUUAGCUGGGAAGUUUAUAUUCCACCGCCAGCUCUUUGGUCGAUACCUGCGACUGAAGAUGUUCCGCGAGGAUCACGGCUCGUGGAUGACCAUGUUUUUCAGCACCAUCCUUUUCCUAUUCAUCUUCUCGCACAUCUACAACCUUUUCUUGCUGAUGGCUGGAAGCAUGGAGCCUCACAUGGUGACAGAAUACAUGGGCAUCAGGAAUGAGAGUUUUAUGAAGAUUGCUGCAGUGGGGACAUGGAUGGGAGAUUUUGUGACUGCUUGGAUGGUAACAGACAUGAUGCUUCAGGACCAGCACUACCCAGAUUGGGGCAAAGCUGCAAGAAGGUUCUGGAAACGAGGCAACAACAGGAUCGUCCUCUUCUGGACCGUUCUCAUCUCUCUAACCUCUGUGGUGGUUCUGGUCAUCAGCACCGACUGGAUCAGCUGGGACAACCUGAACCGAGGCUUCCUGCCCAGCGACGAGGUCUCCAGAGCCUUCCUAGCCUCCUUCAUCUUGGUCUUCGACCUUCUCAUUGUCAUGCAGGACUGGGAGUUUCCACAAUUCAUGGGUGACCUGGAUAUGAAUUUGCCUGGUAUGUCAACAACACACGUGAAGGUCAAGCUACCUGUCUGCAAGAGCAUCUUUAAAGAGGAAUACCACAUUCAUAUCACAGGUAAGUGGUUUAAUUACGGGAUCAUCUUUCUUGUCCUGAUUCUGGACCUCAACAUGUGGAAGAACCAGAUCUUCUACAAGCCCUACGAAUAUGGUCAGUACGUUGGGCCCGGAGAGAAGAUCUACACAGUGGAGGAGCCCGAAACCCUCGCAGACUUCAACCACAGCAUGCUCACCUACCAGUGGCGCUCCACCAACGUGAAUGUCAACACCAAUAGGACCUACGUGGAGCGGGACAUGUUCCUCCACAGCCGCUACAUCGGGGCCAGCCUGAACAUCAAAUGUCUGGCCUUUAUCCCAAGCCUGGCGGCGUUUGUCCUUUUUGGCUUCUUCAUCUGGUUGUUUGGACGGUUUCAGGACAGCGAGACGUUCACAGAGAAUCAGGACAAGACGUAUGAGAGGAUUAAGAAGAAGUCUCCUUCAGAGUACAGUAAGGAGAUGGGCGUCACGCCGGAAGAAAUGCACACAACAAUGAGCGAGAGCCUGAAACAAUCAGGGACGCCGAUGCUCCUGUCGGUGGAUGGUCCUCACUUUGGAGCGACGCCCUCGACUAACUCGACCAUUUCGAUGGAAACCCAAGAGACAUAUCCGAGCGUUGUGAUUGACAGCGCGACACUGGAUGAGCCGGCAGUGUUUUUUGAUGUCCACAGACUCUCUCCAUGACCGAACUUCAGAAAACCUUUGAACUUUAAAACCGCAGAGAAGUUGGAAGGAUAAUGACUGACACCUACAAAUGUAGAUCUUCAAGACUUUGGAUUAUUUCUUGAUUUCAGAGGAACUAACAAUACCAAACAAAAUAUAGCAAUGCCAGUCCUCAUGGUUGUUACGUGAUAUAUUUUUGUAUAAUAAACUUCAGCCUCGGCGCUGGCACCAACUCUGAUGCAGCAAGCUUAUUGCCAAGCAGAUCUUUUUAACCAGACAAAUUGGUGACAUGGUGCUUGCUUGGAUUUUCCAUUUUCAUAUUUAAUCUUGUCCCAGUUCACUAAUGGGUGCCUAAAUCAGAGUUUUUACAGUUAGGCUCAUUUUUCUGUGUUACAGCCACUGUCGUGCCUUGAUAUUUCAUAUAUUUAUUUACCAUCAGAUCCAUAUUCUAACCGUCGGCUGCUGCAAGACGUCCUAAUUAGUCUGCUAGAUUAAUGUCUGCAAUAUGCGUUCGUAUCAAAUGUACAGUUGUUACCUCAUUUGGUCCUUGGAUUCUAUCAUUGUAAUUUAUUCCCUUGUGUUGGUUUUUAAUCUGUUUUAAAUGUAUAUCUCAUUGAAAUGACAUGAUUAUCAGCAUUGGUGUACGUUGAUGACCUUUUCACAUACACCCCCUCCCCAACUUGAUAUUAGUUUCAGAGAUAAUAAAUGCAAUCAGUAGAGAUGAAAUAGCAACCCAACAAGCUGCUUCAUGAUUGCUAAUGUGGCUCCUUCUCCUUUCACUGGAUGCCAAUGGAAUAGAGAAGUGUUCCUUUUUUUUAUUAUUGCCCUUGGCAUAAACAUGCUACUGAAGUGCAGGGGUGGCUUUUCUUCUGUAAAGCUCAGGGCUGCUUUAUAUCUAAAUGAGCUUCUGAAGGUUUCAGAGGCAGCUUUUGCGGGUAAAUGUAUGAACGUUGUUUAGUUGGUGCAGUGUUCUACUUCCACAAAAAUUCCAAAGCGUAUAAGAAAAGCUGCCAAUUUUAUUUUUAUGGUUGCUUUAAUUUAAUUUAACUUUUUGUAUUUCUAUAUGUACUUUCUAUGUAUAUUUGAUUUUUGAUCUAAACAUUGAACACUGAAUUUCUUUUUGACACUGCACAUCUGAAGAAAAUAAACUUUAUUUAUGUAACCUUG